AUGUGGCAUGACUGCUCUGUGUGUCCUCACCUUCCCUCAGCACAUGACGGCAUCGUGAUAAAGAUCGAGGUGCAGACCAACGAUGAGGGCUCAGAAGGUCUGGAGACACCAGAGCCGCUGAUGGGACAAGUGGAGGAACAUGGCUUUCAGGACUCAGAGCUGGGUGACCCCUGUGGAGAGCAGCCAGACCUGGACAUGCAGGAACAAGAGAACGCGCUGGAGGAGUCCACGGAAGGCUCCAGUGAGUUCAGUGAGCUCAAGCAGAUGCUGGUGCAGCAGAGAAACUGCACAGAGGGGAUCGUGAUAAAGACCGAGGAGCAGGAGGAGGAGGAGGAAGAGGAAGAGGAGGACGAGCUGCCGCAGCACUUGCAGCCCCUUGGGCAGCUGUCCGGGAGGUAUGAGGCCAGCAUGUACCAGACCCCGUUGCCUGAGGAGAUGUCCCCCGAGGGCGAGGACAGCCCCCCGCCCCUGCAGUUGGGCAACCCAGCAGUGAAGAGGCUGGCACCCAGCCUUCACGGCCACACGCAUGGGCACGGUGAGCGGCACCUGGGUGAAAACCGCGGGACCUCCAGCCAGCAGCAGCGGAACCGGCGCGGCGAGCGGCCCUUCACUUGCAUGGAGUGCGGCAAGAGCUUUCGGCUGAAGAUUAACCUCAUCAUCCACCAGCGCAACCACAUCAAGGAGGGGCCCUAUGAGUGUGCGGAAUGCGAGAUCAGCUUCCGCCACAAGCAGCAACUCACGCUGCACCAGCGCAUCCACCGGGUGCGCAGCGGCUACGCCUCCCCGGAGCGCGGGUCGGCCUUCAACCCCAAGCACUCGCUCAAGCCGCGCCCCAAGUCACCCAGCUCAGGCAGCGGCGGCGGCCCCAAGCCCUACAAGUGCCCCGAGUGUGACAGCAGCUUCAGCCACAAAUCGAGCCUGACCAAGCACCAGAUCACGCACACAGGCGAGAGGCCCUACACAUGCCCGGAAUGCAAGAAGAGCUUCCGCUUGCACAUCAGCCUGGUGAUCCACCAGCGCGUGCACGCGGGCAAGCACGAGGUCUCCUUCAUUUGCAGCCUGUGCGGCAAGAGCUUUAGCCGCCCGUCGCACCUGCUGCGCCACCAGCGAACUCACACGGGCGAGCGGCCCUUCAAGUGCCCCGAGUGCGAGAAGAGCUUCAGCGAGAAGUCGAAGCUCACCAACCACUGCCGCGUGCACUCGCGCGAGCGGCCGCACGCCUGCCCCGAAUGCGGCAAGAGCUUCAUCCGCAAACACCACCUGCUGGAACACCGGCGCAUCCACACGGGCGAGCGGCCCUACCACUGCGCCGAAUGCGGCAAGCGCUUCACGCAGAAGCACCACCUGCUGGAGCACCAGCGGGCGCACACGGGCGAGCGGCCCUACCCUUGCACGCACUGCGCCAAGUGCUUCCGCUACAAACAGUCGCUCAAGUACCACCUGCGGACCCACACGGGCGAGUGAGCACGCGCCCCGCCCCUGCCCCCGGCCAGAUGCGCAGCCAGGUGCAAGGGUCUAAGGCCCCUGGGACAGGUACCUCGGCUGCCCCAGGCUGAGCCCAGCGGGCGGGAGCGGGGCGCCCCAAGCCCUUCUGCUGUGACCCCUCCCCCCUCCCGUCCCUUCUCCCCAGGACGGGCUAGUGAGACCAGGUCGCUUGUUGCCUGCUUCCCCAGGGCCCCAUGGGGGGAGCGCUUGGGCCUGGGGAACCCCUUCAGGCUGUUCAUUUCCUUGACAAUAAAAUGGAUGAAAGCAA